AUGGCCUCGGCCGUGCUCAAGCAGCCAGUCAAGCUCGCGUGCGUGCAGCUCGCCGCCGGGCGCGACAAGCCGGCCAACCUCGCCCACGCCGCCUCGCGCGUCGCAGAGGCCGCCCGGGCCGGCUCCAAGAUUGUCGUCCUGCCCGAGUGCUUCAACUCGCCGUACGGAUGCACCUACUUCCCCGACUACGCUGAGGAUCUGCGCCCGUCCUCGUCGGCGGCGGGCAGCGGCACGCCGUCGGCUGAGCAGGCGCCUUCGUUUCACGCCCUCGCCGACAUGGCCUCGGCCAACCGCGUAUACCUUGUCGGCGGCUCCAUUCCCGAACGUGAUUCGGCGACGGGCAAGUACUACAACACGAGCCUCAUCUUCGGGCCCGAUGGGAAGCUGCUCGACUCCUUCCGCAAGGUCCACCUCUUCGACAUCGACAUACCCGGCAAAAUCACCUUUCGCGAGUCCGACGUCCUCAGCCCGGGCAACCGCAUCGCCCUCGUCCAUCUCCCCGAGUACGGCACCUUGGCCGUCGCCAUCUGCUACGACGUGCGCUUCCCCGAGCUCGCCACCAUCGCCGCCCGCAACGGCGCCUUUGCCCUCGUCUACCCGGGCGCCUUUAACCUCACUACCGGCCCCUUGCACUGGAAGUUGCUCGCCCGCGCCCGCGCCGUCGAUAACCAGCUCUACGUCGUCAUGUGCAGCCCCGCCCGCGACAUGGCCGCCACCUACCACGCCUGGGGCCACAGCAUGGUGGUUGAUCCCAUGGCAAACGUGCUCGUCGAAGCCGAGGACAAGGAGGCCAUUAUCGACUGUGAGCUCGACGGGGCCGUGAUUGCCGAGGCAAGGAAGAAUAUCCCGCUCAACACGCAGCGGAGAUUCGACGUCUAUCCGGACGUGAGCAAGGGCAAGAUUCAAUUUGAGGAGCCAAAAUCUUAG